AUGCCUCCCAUAAACGCACCCUUAGCGGACAUUGAUCCCUCCAGAAUUAAGAUUAUUAGGGAGAUUGCGCAAUCUGACGCGUCUUCAAUAUUCGAGGUAGAUCUGGAUGGACAAAAGUAUGCAUUGAAACUCUUCCACAACGACGGCGACCCUGGAUAUACCGAGAAAGGUCGUGAUCUAAACCGAUUUCGCUGUGAAUCCAAGGCAUACGAGAAGCUCUUUACUUCUGGUGUCUGUGAACGCCGCUUCGUUCCAAACUUCUACGGCUACAUCAAUGAAAUGGAUCUGGAUGCAUUCCAUCCUACUCUCCAAGGUUUCGCCAAAGACAAGUUAAAGCCGAGUGCAAUAUUGCUAGAAUAUCUCCCAGAUACAGAGAGCUUAAACUGCGUGAACUACUCAGAUACGCUGUAUUCCCAGGCAAUCGAGGGUAUGAAGGAGAUACACAGUGCCGGUGUUCACCACCGGGACAUCUACCCCAAAAACAUUCUCAUUGUUCAUGGAAACCCCGAUAGACUGGUCUGGAUUGACUUUGAUGUUGCAACGACCUUCACCAACUUUGGAUCUGAACAGAAGGCGCUCUGUGACCACGAAAUUGCGCUUGUAAAGGGGCUUGGGGAUGCACUAAAAGAUGACCAGGAUAAUGGACUCCCUCCGAAUACAAAGUUUUAUUGA